AUGUCAGUGGCGAUUAAAUCGCCGCAAGUCAGAAAGUCUCAUGUCAGCGGUGACGCGGUAGGAAUGGGUGGCGAUGGGCUACAACCUGAGGCGCACGCCACGCCGUCCUUCCUGAUCGAAAAAGUUAUGGCGAAGUUAAACACAACACUACGCGACUGUCGGGUGGAGCGGGAUGAGUUGACGAGUAGCGUCGAGUCCCAACUGCGCGACAUGCGCACCGAGACGAUGACGACGCGAAGUGAGCAACAACAGCUGCAACGCGAGAUACGUGCCUUGCAGGAAAAGCUGCAAAGCGCUGUCAUUCAGCGUGCCUCCAUUAUCGCGGGGAACGCGGAAAGAAUCUCUGUGCAGGAACUUGCAAAGACGGCGAGACGGUUAACCCAAGACACGCAGCAGGGGCUAAGCGAGGUGGAACUUUUAAAGGCCUCUGUCUUCCACGACCGGAUUAAGCGAGAGGAGCUUCAACAAAGAGAGGACGCGGAGGAUGAGGCGCUGGAGGCUCGACUGCUGCAGGCAGAGGCGGCAAACGAUGAGUUGCGGCGUAUGGCGUUGCGUCUGCAAGAGCAGAAUACACAACUUGUGACGACCCUGCAGCACAGCAAUGACAUGCUGCAGCAGUGGCAGCGGUGUGUGGCGCAGCAGCAAGGGCACAUAAGACAGAUAACAGAAAAGUUUGGUCAGGUGCAGGCGGAACACCGUCGUAUUGUGGGGUCUGUAGAAUCGCUUGUGCACUCCUUGGAGCAAUACAAGGCGGGCCGCGACGAGACGCUGCGCAAACUGGAGAAUAAUCUCGUGGAAUUGGAGCAGCAGUGCCUCCAACAACAAGAGCGAUGGCGCUGUUUUGGCGAGGAUGUGUCGGGAAAGGCCCACAUCAAUGGCAGCACGCCGUGGGAGCGUCACCACGACAUUUUUUUGAUGGGUACGGCGGCCUGUCGUCCUUUGCGGAAGCGUUUGGAACAUUUCUACGGCAUUUAUAAUCCCGAAAAAGUGUGUUCAGUGAGUGACAUUAUCGACGAGUACAGAGGUGCUGAGGAAGAACUCAUGGCGGCGCUUGAGGUGCAUUACGGUGCGUUUGGAUUUUUUUUCACACAACUAAACGUGUGA